GCAAGAUGAAGUCGAUACAACGUUCACUGGUAUUAAUGCUCGGUGCAUUCCUAUCAUUCACCGUUAUCUGUUCUGCGGAUCAGUACGAAGAAGUGGAAUGUAACCUUACCGAGGAACAGAGAAAGAAUCCAAGUCUAUCAACUGCACCAGAUGGGAUAAUUUCAAUUGCAAUCGACCAUGGAUCAUCCGAGCAAGAGGAUGAAUCGGAAAAGGAAGUUGAAACUGGCACUAGUCCGCAGCUGCCGGAACCCAGAUUGGUGAAAAAUGCAGAAAAACCAAAAGAGAAGUUUGAUCCCGUAAAUACUUACCAAAAGACAAAGGAUGUUCUAUACAAUGUGAUUCAAAAAGCGGCUUACAUACAAGAUUCAUAUCUUCGAACAGAAGUUCUUAAUGGCUUGGCGGUAAACUUACAAAAUCCAUUGAUGAAUUCAGUCGGCCAUUUUGGAUAUUAUUCGAAGGUACAACCGUGUUUAAAAAAUCUGGAUAAAGAUGUUCGGGCAAUCAUUGCCAACAGCGAGAAAGCAUUCAACGAUUGUCAAUCUGGAUACGACAGAUCACACUCGUCUUGUGUCUACGUCGGUAAAUCCAAAGUUGACGAUGCCAACCGAAUUUACAUCUCUAUCAGGGAUUGCAUUCUAGCAAAUGUGUCUCGCCCGUAAACUGGAAGUACAUGGCAAUGAAGUUACUCCAUCAGAUGUUCCAAAUCGCUUUAGCGCUAGGGCAGAGUGGGGUAUCAUGGGUCUUUUUUAUCUUUGCUCCAUAAAUUCUUUGUUAUAAGAGAUAAAAUAUAUUUAUCUUAUACAUAUAGUUUUCCACAUUUCUUACGUAU